AUGAGUUCAGCAAAAGACAAGCCCUCCGGGAUCCCAGUCCCUUCCAACCCGGCCACUACAAGCCCGACUGCCACGACAAGCCCAAUUCACCGUCGCUCGUCAGUGGGGUCCCAAACGGGAAACAACUCCAAGGGGACGCGGGUGAAAUUUGAAGAGGGCCAGCAGAAGAAGCCCGAGGCCGCAGAGGACAAGAAGCCCGAGGUGGUGGAAGAAGACGCGCAUAAGAAUCCCAAUGUCAAACCCGGGGAGAAGCCGAAACCGAAGCCUCAGACGCAAGGGGAGGAAAAGAAACCCGACCUCCCCAAACCCAAGGACGACGACUCCAACACUGACAACGACGACCCCUUCCGAUUCGCCACCGUCCCGGACGAGCUCCUACCCACCGGCCUUCCCCCCAUUGAAGAAGACGAGCCGGAAGAAGAAGAAGUCGAAUCAUUUUCAGAGAACUUUUACUACCUCCAAGACGACCAACAAGACGUCUACUCCUUCACCACCCCGCCAACAUCCCCUGACUUCCCCCCCGGAAACCCCUCCAUGGUUUCUUCCUCCCUGCGUAAAACCCUCAACGAAGAUUUCUCCCCCCCUCACCCCCCUUACCUCCUCCUGCAUGGAACGCUCAUCCUUCUCGGGACACUCACCUACGCCCUGCUAAACUCCACAAACGUCACCUCCCUGACAGCCCUCCUCUCCCCAGGCAUCCAGCUCCUCCUAUCAGGCAUCGUCCUCUCCCUCGUCGAUGCCUCCCAACCCUCCGACCCCGUGACUCCAGGUUGGAAGGCGCUCGUCCAGCUGGCCACGGUGGUAGAGUGGCUGUAUUUCCUGCUGGAGCUCCACCAAAACUUUUACGACUACAGCGCCCCGGGGGCGUAUCUCCCUGGCGGGUACGGGAUCGACUUUGAGUUUGGGAGCGAUGACCCGGCCGAUUAUGGGACGUUGGACAACCCCAAGUGGCCGCACGAGGCCAAGGUCAAGGCGACGAGGGGGAGGGGCCUGAACUUGGAGGGGAGGGUGUUGGAGGGGGUGGAUAGGUUUGUUGGUGUUGCUGCUGGGGUUGGGUUGGUUCUUAUUGUGAGUUCUUUUUCUUCUCUUAUUGAUUGA